GCCUAGCUAGCCUGCUGCAUAGUUCAGGAAAGCAAACAAUUCCAAAUGGUUGAGCGGGGCCCUAGCUGCAGUGACGAAGCGACGCUCAAAGGGCGGUGUUCUCACGUAAAGAAAAUAUUGAGUGUUGCUGUGGUACAUCUGGAAUAGUGCUUCUAGUAUCUACAGCGGGAUCUCUGCAAUAGUUGUGACCACUUCAACUCAUGAGUACUCAUUUUUAAAGGGAAAUUUACCACACCCUUUGCUUUCUGUAAGUUGAGAUAAUAUGGAAUCUUAAUUUACCUUUAGUUUCUUUCAAAGGAUGGAUAUCCGAUAUUUUUUUUGAUUUACCUUCUCCUCCUCCCACUAACGGGAUUUAUCAACUUUAUUCUUGGAGUGUAAUCAAGUUGGAUUUAUCUAUUUUCAUCUGAUUGGACUAAGGCUGCGUUUCAUCAAUUAUUCGAAAUUAUUUUUGAUAUAAUAUAAUUGAAUAGUUUUGUAGGGAGUUUGAAUGAUUAAUCGUUGCAUUUUCUCACUGCGCUUCUAGUAAAUAACGGUCCACAGGCAUAUGGAGCUGUUUUGAUCAUGCGUUGAUUUGCAUUUCGUUUUAUAUCUCAACUAGGCUACUCAUGUGCCGUUUCAAAACCUCUAUGUAAACUUUCUAAGUAGCGUGCAACUGUUGUUGAUUAUAGAUAUUAUUUUUCCAACGAUUUGUUUUUUGCUGCAUGAAUAAAAUCGAUGUAAAUGUUUAAUUGGUUGCAAAUUGGUUGCACAUCUUUUACAUUUCUCUCAAAACACUACAGUCUGCAGAUAAAUUGAUAUCUUUUGAGGAGUUGAGACAGUCCUCCUACUCCAUGCUUUUAUCCACUCCAAUGUUACGGAAUACCUACUUUUCAACUUGAAGUGAACAUAUGGGUUUGAUGUGUAAAUGUGUAAAUGGCGCCACCUGGUGUCAAGAUGAAGUACCACUUGAACAAGUUGACGCUGUAUCAGUACCAUCGACGCCUGGUCUGAUAACUGUUGUUCCUGUUUGUUUGUCUCCACGUGUAGAUAUAUCUGAACAUGCUGCUCAUCCUGCUCGGAGUGCUCAUCUUGCACCUCAUCAUCCUGGUCCUACUGUUUGUGUCAACAAUUGCCAAUGUGAGUAGCUAUGAUAUUGUUGCCAAUACCCUACUAUAAUACAAUGUGAGUAGCUAUGAUAUUGUUGCCAAUACCUUACUAUAAUACAAUGUGAGUAGCUAUGAUAUUGUUGCCAAUACCAUAUUAUAAUACAAUGUGAGUAGCUAUGAUAUUGUUGCCAAUACCCUAUUAUAAUACAAUGUGAGUAGCUAUGAUAUUGUUGCCAAUACCCUAUUAUAAUACAAUGUGAGUAGCUAUGAUAUCAUUGCCUACUGUACUAUAGCACUGUGUGUGUGUCAGUAAGUUAGAGUAGGUAAUAGGGCUAUCCAGUCUUGCUAACCAUCUGGAACAGGGCAGGGCCACUUCAACUAACUGAUGUGUCAGACCUGGGUUCAAAUAUUUCAGCAUUUGAUUGAACCUGAAUCACGCCAGAUGGGAGUGGUUGCUUGCACUUUUGGGACUACACUGUAUUAUUCCAUUGGUUCCACUGUGCCCAGACAAGCUCGAUCAAGCUAAAGUUUUAGAAAGUAAACAAAUACUAUUUGAACCUGUGUGUGGUGGUGGGUGUAUGUAUUUUUACUAUGGAACCUGGGAACCACUUGUCCUACUUUUAACGGGCUAUGCACAUGUUGUGGGAGAGGGGGGAUGUAUGUCUUGGGAGUGUGUGUGUUUACACAGGCAGCCCAAUUCUGAUCUUUGCUGAUCUGAUCUUUGCUGAUCUGAUUGUUCAAAAGACCAAUUAGUGGUGGAAAAAAUAUCAUAAUUGGGCUGCCUGUGUAACGCACCCUUUGCGUGUGAGUUGAGUUCAUUGAGUGUUCUAUGUUUUAAAGCUGUAUUAUGGAUGUGGCUGGGUGUUCUGUGUUUUAAAGCUGUAUUAUUGAUGUGGCUGGGUGUUCUGUGUUUUAAAGCUAUAUUAUGGAUGUGGUUGGGUGUUCUGUGUUUUAAAGCUGUAUUAUGGAUGUGGCUGGGUGUUCAGUGUUUUAAAGCUAUAUUAUGGAUGUGGUUGGGUGUUCUGUGUUUUAAAGCUGUAUUAUGGGUGUGGUUGGGUGUUCUGUGUUUUAAAGCUGUAUUAUGGGUGUGGUUGGGUGUUCUGUGUUUUAAAGCUGUAUUAUGGGUGUGGCUGGGUGUUCAGUGUUUUAAAGCUGUAUUAUGGAUGUGGUUGGGUGUUCUGUGUUUUAAAGCUGUAUUAUGGAUGUGGUUGGGUGUUCUGUGUUUUAAAGCUGUAAUAUCGGUGUGGCUGGGUGUUCUGUGUUUUAAAGCUGUAUUAUGGGUGUGGUUGGGUGUUCUGUGUUUUAAAGCUGUAUUAUGGGUGUGGCUGGGUGUUCUGUGUUUUAAAGCUGUAUUAUGGGUGUGGCUGGGUGUUCAGUGUUUUAAAGCUGUAUUAUGGAUGUGGCUGGGUGUUCAGUGUUUUAAAGCUGUAUUAUGGGUGUGGCUGGGUGUUCUGUGUUUUAAAGCUAUAUUAUGGAUGUGGUUGGGUGUUCAGUGUUUUAAAGCUGUAUUAUGGGUGUGGCUGGGUGUUCUGUGUUUUAAAGCUAUAUUAUGGAUGUGGUUGGGUGUUCAGUGUUUUAAAGCUGUAUUAUGGGUGUGGCUGGGUGUUCUGUGUUUUAAAGCUGUAUUAUGGGUGUGGCUGGGUGUUCUGUGUUUUAAAGCUGUAUUAUGGGUGUGGCUGGGUGUUCUGUGUUUUAAAGCUGUAUUAUGGGUGUGGCUGGGUGUUCAGUGUUUUAAAGCUGUAUUAUGGGUGUGGCUGGGGGUUCUGUGUUUUAAAGCUGUAUUAUGGAUGUGGCUGGGUGUUCUGUGUUUUAAAGCUGUAUUAUGGGUGUGGCUGGGUGUUCUGUGUUUUAAAGCUAUAUUAUGGGUGUGGUUGGGUGUUCAGUGUUUUAAAGCUGUAUUAUGGGUGUGGCUGGGUGUUCUGUGUUUUAAAGCUGUAUUAUGGGUGUGGCUGGGUGUUCAGUGUUUUAAAGCUGUAAUAUGGGUGUGGCUGGGUGUUCAGUGUUUUAAAGCUGUAUUAUGGGUGUGGUUGGGUGUUCUGUGUUUUAAAGCUAUAUUAUGGAUGUGGUUGGGUGUUCUGUGUUUUAAAGCUGUAUUAUGGGUGUGGCUGGGUGUUCUGUGUUUUAAAGCUGUAUUAUGGGUGUGGCUGGGUGUUCUGUGUUUUAAAGCUGUAUUAUGGGUGUGGCUGGGUGUUCUGUGUUUUAAAGCUGUAUUAUGGGUGUGGCUGGGUGUUCUGUGUUUUAAAGCUGUAUUAUGGGUGUGGCUGGGUGUUCUGUGUUUUAAAGCUGUAUUAUGGGUGUGGCUGGGUGUUCUGUGUUUUAAAGCUGUAUUAUGGGUGUGGCUGGGUGUUCAGUGUUUUAAAGCUGUAAUAUGGGUGUGGCUGGGUGUUCUGUGUUUUAAAGCUGUGGUUGGUGUUCUGUGUUUCAUACUGUGUUGUGGGUGUGUCACAACACAACGAAUAGCCGCCCCGCUCCGACCUGAACAGCUUCCACCCCCAAGCCAUAAGACUGCUAAAUAGUUAACUGGACUAUCUGCAUUGACCCUGUUUGCACUAACUCUUUUUGACUCUAUGCACACACACUGGACGCCACCCACACACUCACUUACACUGACACUCACAAACACAUAACAUGUACACACAGGCACACUGUCGCCACACACACAUUUCCACACUUCCACACUCAUCACAUACACUGCUGCUACUGUCUAUUAUCUAUCCUGUUGCCUAGUCACUUCACCCCUACCUACAGUAUACUGCUGCUACUGUCUAUUAUCUAUCCUGUUGCCUAGUCACUUCACCCCUACCUACAGUAUACUGCUGCUACUGUCUAUUAUCUAUCCUGUUGCCUAGUCACUUUACCCCUACCUAUAUGUACAUAUCUACCUCAAUUACCUCGUACCCCUGCAUAUCGACUUGGUACUGGUACCCCAUGUAUAUAACCAAGCUAUCGUUGACUUGGUACUGGUACCCCGUGUAUAUAACAUUUACAUUUACGUCAUUUAGCAGACGCUCUUAUCCAGAGCGACUUACAGUUAGUGAGUGCAUAAAUUUUUUCAUACUGGCCCCCCGUGGGAAACGAACCCACAACCCUGGCGUUGCAAGCACCAUGCUCUACCAACUGAGCUACACGGGGCCUGUGUAACCAAGCUAUCAUUGACUAGGUACUGGUACCCCGUGUAUAUAACCAAGCUAUCAUUGACUAGGUACUGGUACCCUGUGUAUAUAACCAAGCUAUCAUUGACUAGGUACUGGUACCCUGUGUAUAUAGUCAAGUUAUCAUUGACUUGUACAUUUACAUUUACGUCAUUUAGCAGACGCUCUUAUCCAGAGCGAUUUACAAAUUGGUGCAUUCACCUUAUGAUAGCCAGUGGGACAACCACUUUACAAUAUAUAUAUAUAUAUAUAUAUAUAUAUAUAUAUAUAUAUAUAUAUAUAUAUAUAUAUAUAUAUAUAUAUAUAUAUAUAUAUAUAUAUAUAUAUAUUUAUAUAUUUUUUUUUUUCUGGUGGGGUAGAAGGAUUACUUUUAUCCUAUCCCAGGUAUUCCUUAAAGAGGUGGGGUUUCAAGUGUCUCCGGAAGGUGGUGAGUGACUCAGUUGUCCUGGCGUCGUGAGGGAGCUUGUUCCACCAUUGGGGUGCCAGAGCAGCAAACAGUUUUGACUGGGCUGACGGGAACUGUGCUUCCGCAGAGGUAGGUGGGCCAGCAGGCCAGAGGUGGAUGAACGCAAUGCCCUCGUUUGGGUGUAGGGACUGAUCAGAGCCUGAAGGUACGGAGGUGCCGUUCCCCUCACAGCUCCGUAGGCAAGCACCAUGGUCUUGUAGCAGAUGCAGGCUUCAACUGGAAGCCAGUGGAGUGUGCGGAGGAGCGGGGUGACGUGAGAGAACUUGGGAAGGUUGAACACCAGACGGGCUGCAGCGUUCUGGAUGAGUUGUAGGGGUUUAAUGGCACAGGCAGGGAGCCCUGCCAACAGCGAGUUGCAGUAAUCCAGACGGGCGAUGACAAGAGCCUGGAUUAGGACCUGUUUUGCUUCCUGUGUAAGGUAGGGUCGUACUCUGCUAAUGUUGUAGAGCAUGAACCUACAGGAACGGGUCACCGCUUUGAUGUUAGCGGAGAACGACAGUGUGUUGUCCAGGGUCACGCCAAGGUUCUUUGCACUCUGGGAGGAGAACACAACGGAGUUGUCAACCGUGAUGGUGAGAUCAUGGAGCGGGCAGUCCUUCCCCGAGAGGAAGAGCAGCUCCGUCUUGCCGAGGUUCAGCUUGAGGUGGUGAUCCGUCAUCUACACUGAUAUGUCUGCCAGACAUGCAGAGAUGCGAUUCGCCACCUGGUUAUCAGAAGGGGGAAAGGAGAAGAUUAAUUGUGUGUCGUCUGCGUAGCAAUGAUAGGAGAGACCAUGUGAGGAUAUGACAGAGCCAAGUGACUUGGUGAGAGAAUAGGAGAGGGCCUAGAACUGAGCCCUGGGGGACACCAGUGGUGAGAGCACGUGGUGCGGAGACAGAUCCUCGCCACGCCACCUGGUAGGAGCGACCUGUGAGGUAGGAUGCAAUCCAAGAGUGAGCCGCGCCGGAGAUGCCCAACUCGGAGAGGGUGGAGAGGAGGAUCUGAUGGUUCACAGUAUCAAAGGCAGCAGAUAGGUCUAGAAGGAUGAGAGCAGAGGAGAGAGAGUUAGCUUUAGCAGUGCAGAGAGCCUCCGUGACACAGAGAAGAGCAGUCUCAGUUGAAUGACCAGUCUUAAAACCUGACUGGUUUGGAUCCAGAAGGUCAUUCUGAGAGAGAUAGCAAGAGAGUUGGCUAAAGACGGCACGCUCAAUAAUUUUGGAGAGAAAAGAAAGAAGGGAUACUGGUCUGUAGUUGUUGACAUCGGAGGGAUCGAGUGUAGGUUUUUUGAGAAGGGGUGCAACUCUCGCUAUCUUGAAGACGGAAGGUACCCUGUGUAUAUAGACAAGUUAUAAUUGACUUGUACUGGUACCCCGUGUAUAUAGCCAAGUUAUAAUUGACUAGGUACUGGUACCCCGUGUAUAUAGCCAAGUUAUAAUUGACCAGGUACUGGUACCCCGUGUAUAUAGCCAAGUUAUCAUUGACUUGUACUGGUACCCCGUGUAUAUAGCCAAGCUAUCAUUGACUAGGUACUGGUACCCCGUGUAUAUAGCCAAGCUAUCAUUGACUAGGUACUGGUACCCCGUGUAUAUAGCCAAGUGAUCAUUGACUUGUACUGGUACCCCGUGUAUAUAGCCAAGCUAUCAUUGACUAGGUACUGGUACCCCGUGUAUAUAGCCAAGCUAUCAUUGCUCAUUGUGGAUUCCUCAUGUUAUUCUUCUUCUUCUUCUAUUAUUAUAAUUAUAAUUAUUAUUAUUUUUGUAUUGUUUUUGUAUUAUUAUUAUUAUUAUUUUAUUUUAUUUUUCUUGUUCUUAUUUUAUUAUUAUUAUUAUUAUUAUUAUUAUUAUUAUUAUUAUUAUUAUUAUUUUAUUUGUUAUUGUAUUCUGCAUUGUUGGGAAGGGGCCGUAGGGAAGCAUUUCACCUGUUUAUGAAGCAUGUGAAAAUAACAUUUUGAUUUGGUUUGUAUUCACUAUGUUGUGUUGUGGGUGUGUCGUGUGAAUUCACUGUGUUGUGGGUGUGUCGUGUGAAUUCACUGUGUUGUGGGUGUGUCGUGUGAAUUUACCGUGUUGUGGGUGUGUCGUGUGAAUUCACUGUGUUGUGGGUGUGUCGUGUGAAUUCACUGUGUUGUGGGUGUGUCGUGUGAAUUCACUGUGUUGUGUUGUGUUGUGUUGUGGGUGUGUCGUUUGAAUUCACUAUGUUGUGUUGUGUUGUGGGUGUGUCGUGUGAAUUCACUGUGUUGUGUUCCAGGCCUGGACUGUAGGAGGAACCAAGAGUAGUUACCUGUGGUUCAGCUGUCUCACUACUAACGGAGGAUAUCACUGCAUUCCUGCCAGCAAUGAAGGUAACUAGUAAAUGUAACAGAUUACAUUUGGAAAGUAACCUAUUCAACCCUGGUUAUAUGUCAUGUUAAACCUCCUCUGUCUCCUCCCUCCAGACUGGAUCCAGGCGGUUCAGGCCCUCAUGGUUCUCUCAGUGUUGUUCUGCCUCUUCUCGCUCGUCUUCUUCAUGUGUCAGCUCUUCACCCUGGUCAAAGGAGGACGCUUCUUCUUCACCGCCAUCUUCCAGAUCCUCGCCAGUGAGUACGACCACUUGUAAGGCUUAAUGAAGCCUUCAUAACCCCUUUAUAAGGCCUACAUAGAGGCUUCAUAAAGAUGUUGGUCUUGUUGGCCAGUGAGUAUCAUCACAUCACAUCAAACACAGAGUUUCCCCGAUUGUCUAACCUAGCCAUGGUCCCCCCAGCGUAUACAACGUUGGCUUGUAUUGGUAUCAACUGACAAUGUUGGUGAGAAGAUGGCCUGGAUAUUGCCCUGUGUGGCUUACCGCCCAGCAGGAAAAUGAUCUCAUGGAAAAACGGAAUCUGUAAAGGACAGACAUGUUGUAGCCCAGGUCAAAGUGGGAGGCAGCCCCAUGUGACCACUGUCCCUUACUACGAGAGUUGAUUUAACUGUCUCAAUGCUAGGUCCCUUACUACGAGGGGUUGGUUAACUGUCUCAAUGUUAGGUCCCUUACUACGAGGGUUAGUUUACUGUCUCAAUGUUAGGUCCCUUACUACGAGGGUUAGUUUACUGUCAUAAUCUCUUAGUUGGAACCCAACUAAAUAUUGUGCUAGAUAUCAUAGCUAGCUAACUCAAUUUGCUCAUGUGGGCAGAGUUGGCUGGAAGUGGGCCGGUUCUCUGGCUCAGGGGUUAACUUGUGGAAAGUAGCAGAUUCAGUCCCUCUCCAAUAUACAGAACAUAACGAAGUCUGUCACUAAAGAUUAGGUGUGUCAACUUGGAAGAAAUGAAUGAUCCUCAACUGCUGUCUAAAACUAACCAUUACUUUUUUCCUUUCUCCCCCACUCUCUCUCUGUCCCUCCCUGCGCUCCUCUCUCUCUCUCUGUCCCUCCCUGCGCUCCUCUCUCUCUCUCGCUCUCUGUCCCUCCCUGCUCUUCUCUCUCUCUCUCUGUCCCUCCCUGCGCUCCUCUCUCUCUCUCUGUCCCUUCCUGCGCUCCUCUCUCUCUCUCUCUCUCGCUCUCUGUCGCCCCCUGCUCUCCUCUCUCUCUCUCUCUCUCUCUCUCUCUCUCUCUCUCUCUCUCUCUCUCUCUCUCUCUCUCUCUCUCUCUCUGUCUGUCCCUCCCUGCUCUCCUCUCUCUCUCUCUCUGUCCCUCCCUGCUCUCCUCUCUAUCUCUGUCCCUCCCUGCGCUCCUCUCUCUCUCUCUCUGUCCCUCCCUGCUCUCCUCUCUCUCUCUGUCCCUCCCUGCUCUCCUCUCUCUCUCCUUUCCAUUCCAUUCCCUUCCCUCAACCCCUCUUGCACUCUCCUCUCAAUCUCUCUCUCCAGGUCUGUUUGUGAUGUGUGGAGCUAUAAUCUACACGGUGAUGUGUCCGGAUGGGGAGGUGGAUGCUGCGUUCGGCUUUGCCUACGUCCUGGCCUGGGUGUCCUUCCCUCUGUGUCUGGUCAGUGGUCUCAUCUACAUCGUAUUGAGGAAGAGGGAAUGA